AUGUACGUCCCUGAGCGCAAGAUAACCCUCGCCCUCUACCUCUUAUACAUCGUAUCCGGCGGAAUGAUCAAAAUCUCCAUCCUCCUCUUCUAUCGCCGCCUCGACUCGCGCUCCAUAACACGGAGUUUCCGCAUCGCAACUUGGCUGAACAUCAUCGCCAUUGCCAUGUUCUGCACCGCAUUCGUCGUUGUCCUCUUCAUAGGCUGUUCCCCUUUUGAAGCCUUCUGGUACCAAUUCGACAUCGGCAAACAACUCUCGGGGUACUCAUACCACUGCCGGGUCAACGAAUAUGCAGACCUCUUAUCAGCGAGUAUAAUCAGUGCAGUACAAGAUGCCAUCGCCGCUUUCCUUCCCACAAUCUUGUACUGGAACUUGCAAAUCCCUCGCCGCCAGAAAAUAGCUCUAGGCGCCAUCUUUGCUCUCGGCUACCUAGUCUGCAUCGUAGCAGGCAUACGCUCCUAUUACGUCUACCGCAUCUUCAACAACCCACUGUACGAUUCAACGUGGGAAUCCUGGCCAGCAUGGCUGCUCUGCAUGCUAGAAAUUCAGCUUGGGGCUAUUUGCGCUAGUGCACCGGCUCUCAAGGUCUUCUUCACGCAUUACUUCAAGGUGGCGGCGAGUAUGUAUGGAUCCAGCCGUGGUACGGCGUCCAGUGUCAAGAAAGACGGUUCUUGGUGGAAAUCGACGGGUACGGCGUCAGCGAGUACGGGGACGGCGGUUUCGAAGCCGGAAAGGGAAGGGUACCUUAGAGAGCCGGGGAUGGACCAUAUGGUGGACGAAGAGGGGGGGAUUGUGUUGCAGGAGGGGAAGAGGUUUGAUGCAAGGACAGAAUCUAAGAGAUAUAACGGGUGGACUGAGAACAUUAGGCAUGAUGGGCGAACUGAGAGUAACAGGUUCGAUGGAAGGACGGAGAGUAUCGAGACUUUCAUCUACACGUGA